ACAGAGGAACGAGGCAACACUGGAUCCACGAGGGCUCUCCUGUUCACAUUCGUUCGCUCUCUGACGUGCUUUUCUUUUUGUUAUUAAUUUCAGUUGUAGUAGUGUAAUAUUGUCAGGGGGAUACAUAUUUAAAUUAAUGCUCGUCAUUCCUGAAGAGUGGACCUGUUGCUGUUGUUCAUCGUGGCUUGUUGUCACUUCCAUUUUUGGGAUUUUUUUUUUUUUGCCCACACAAAGACGGUAGCUCAAAAGAACCUGAACAACGUGACUGAGCUGAGGUGGAGAAAGAAGCAGAGCACAGCUGAGGUAUGGCCGCCAUCCGGAAGAAGCUGGUGAUUGUGGGAGAUGGAGCGUGCGGGAAGACCUGUCUCCUCAUCGUCUUCAGUAAAGACCAGUUCCCAGAGGUGUAUGUGCCCACUGUCUUUGAGAACUACAUCGCUGACAUUGAAGUGGACGGCAAGCAGGUGGAGCUGGCGCUGUGGGACACGGCAGGCCAAGAGGACUACGACAGGCUGAGGCCCCUCUCCUACCCAGACACAGACGUCAUCCUCAUGUGCUUCUCCAUCGACAGCCCCGACAGUUUAGAGAAUAUUCCAGAAAAGUGGACGCCUGAGGUGAAACACUUCUGCCCCAACGUUCCUAUCAUCCUCGUGGGGAACAAGAAAGACCUGAGGAACGAUGAGCACACGCGACGGGAGCUGGCUAAGAUGAAGCAGGAACCAGUGAAGCCCGAGGAGGGUCGUGACAUGGCCAACCGCAUCAGCGCCUUCGGCUACCUGGAGUGCUCGGCCAAGACCAAGGACGGCGUGCGGGACGUGUUCGAGAUGGCCACCAGGGCGGCGCUACAGGUGCGCAAGCGCAAGAGGAGGGGUGGAUGCCUCCUGUUGUGAGGAGGGAGAGGAGGGGGAAUGCAACCCCACACCCUCUGCUCACCUCCCCAGCCCCUCAAUAUAUACCCUCCUCUCCACCACAUCCAUGCACCGCCAACUGACCAAGAAGAAAUUUUAAAAAGAAAACAAGAAAAAGAAGAAACGUAGGAGUGGUCUUUACCAAACUGCAUCUUUGUACUGUAUCUCACAUUUCACGCCAACAAGAGAAGGACCAUGAGCGCAAGUGCAAGAAAAAAAAAGUAAACAUGCAUUUGUAAAAUAAAAAAGCAGGGCUAGAUUGGCCUGUAACACAGAUUAGGUAUUGAAUUUUCCUCUUUUUUGCCUUGAUUUAUUUCUCUCUGUCAGCACAAUGGGUAUUUGUGUUUUUAUGUUUGUUACUUGGUGUGCAGUAAGGAAAAGAUAGCUGGUGUAUCUGUCUGUACUCUGAUCUUUCCUCCUUGUCCUUGUGAAAUAUGGACUUUCCUUCCCACACAGGCCAAAGGACCUCUCCCACCUAUCACACGCUCAGCUGAUAUAAAAACAGCUCAACGUUAUGGAGUUCAGUUGUCGUCAUACUAUUUCAGUCUCAGAGUUGAUUAUUAGAAUCAGUGCCUUUUGUGUGCACAUGUUGAAGCAUCUUUUUUUACUCAAGGAUAUCAGCCUUUUUUCACAUACUUUUGUUCACUGGUAGUUUAGCCGGGCUUUUUCCUUUUUCUUCUCCACACAAUAGUGCACUCGGUUGGUGCCACGGACAUGGGCUACGUCGGCCUGCCGGAAAAGUCACAUUGGAUCCUAUCUUAGCCAGGCGACGGCAGACUUAAAAAAAAAAAGCAACAUUUCUUUUCAUCUUUUGAACUCUGAAUAUUUAGGCCCCCGCUCAAAGUGAAGGCCAGGUUGAGGUCUAAUGUUCCCAGAGUGGAGAAACCGAGAGCGUUUGUCAGAUAGAUGCAGAAACUGUGUGGAUGACUGAACUUCUCCUGAUUAGCCGUGCCCCAGUCCGACGCCGCCCGCCUCCUUGCCGCCCCUCCGGUAACCCCUGUGCUGCUGAAGCGCAGGCAGGGCCUUGAGAGCUGCUCUUGUUCUCAGCCCCUGGCUUGGCUUAGUCACAUGAAACUACUAUGCAGAGAGGCCAAACAUCAGCAAUCGCUACUAAACAGAGUUCAAGUGGCCUCGGAGAGUUUAACUCCUGUGUCACCGUAACCUCACAGGUUUAAAGAAUGUCCAUGUUUGGGUUCCAGAGCUGGACGGGUGAGGUCAGGACUGGUAGAGCCUGUCCCUUUGGCAUGGGAGCCUUUCUCAAGCCCCUAUCCCUAACACAUGGGCAUUCAGGGCUUGACGGCAGGUCAGCGAGAGUCAGGUGGUGGUUGCUCAGUGCCUUCCCGAUGUGAUUGACAGGCGACCUGUGUGCCUUCUGUUCCACAGUAGAGACGAGAGACUAGAUUCCUAGAAACUAAAUUAGUACUCCGAUUCAGAUAGGUGGUCAGCAUGUUUUUCAAUUGGAAGGGCAUCGCUAUGAAAGUGCAUGCUUUAUAUGAAGUGGCUUUGUAUUGGUUGAGAAUUUACUAAAUUCAAAGACAUUUCCAGAAGCUGAUAAAACUUUGUUCUGCUUUGGAUGAAAUUCCACAAAGAUGAUGAUUGGAUGCAGUUAGAUUCAGUUAAUCGGGGUCAAGAUUGGUAGAGCAAUCAGAGAACAGACCUUUACCUAGUGUAUACUCUGCCAGUUCUGUCUAGUCACUGUUUCCACAGUUUGUUUACUCAAAGAUUUAUAACACUAACAACAAAAGAAUAUUGCCCCAAGACUGUACUUCCCAUAAUGCAUUGCACGCAGUCAGCAGCAUGUAAUUGACCUCCCCAGGUAUUUAGGUUGACCUUAGCUGUUGGUUGUGCUGUGCCGUGCCAUUUGUUGAUGAAUGUGCGUCCACUGCAGCAGCAGGCGUGAUCGUAAUGAAUGGGCCCUCCGUGUCUGAUGAAUCAGCCUCCAGCAGCAUUGCGCUCUGUAAUUUACCAUAACAGUGGUGGACUCUGGACCGGACUUGGACCUGAUCCGUCCCCAGAUCCGACAGCUUCCAGAGUCAGCUAGCAUGUGGGGUCACUGCUCCAGAGUCAGCUAAUGUCCAUGUCUCUUACUCCUCAUGUACUCAAGUCUCUGUGAUAUUUCCUCAAAAGGCCAAAGGAAUGUGUGAGCGAGAAGUGGAAGAUCCCUGUGUGUGAUUGAGAACACGGAGCAGAUACCAGAAGUCUCCUCUCUCUGUCUAUCCAGUACAUGUUUCAUUCAGCCUCGAGUACCCUGAGGGGUUUCACCUCAUUGGUGUUUGGGAGAGCCGGAAUUCUCUUGAGUGCACGAGUCUUCCAGAGUAAAGCUGAUGACACUCACCAGGAACACUUCUCCUUUUGUUUUAUGUGAUUCCUAUCAGUCAGCAGUGAGGAGUGUCCCCAGGUCCCUGGAGCCAGGUUGAGAGUGUAUUAGAUUAGUGUUGUUAAAGAAGAGGUGUGUUUGUAUGAGAGGCAGAGCUUGUCACAUGAUCCCUUCUCACCAGUGGCAUGCAAUCUUUCCAAGAGAGUGGUGAUGAUUACCGGUAAGGCGUGGGAGUAAGACUUGUUCUGGUUGGCUGGGUUAGACUGUCAUUUGACCCCCCCCCCCCCCCCCCAUUCAACUACCUUUGGGUAAUAUGUGGAUGCCCUCGGAGGGUUAGGUGAGGUCUGUAAGUACUGUACCACUGGAAGCACUUAAUUUGGCAGACUUCUGCAGCUAAACAACUCCCCAACUUCUUUAAUAUACUCAAGAAUGUCCAUGUGGGUUGUGUGUAGUAUCAGAGAACAACAAAAUGCCAGUAAUUCAAUUAACUUUUUUGUUGUUUUGUUUUGUUUUGUCUUGUCUGUGGUUAACCAGUUUGAACACCAUUUAUUUUAGGGCAAGGCAUGAUGUGCAAUGUUCCACAGCUUGUUUCGCACUCACACACAGACUUCAGUAAGGACCAUAUACCACUUCCCCCACAUUUACAACUUGCCAAGGAAUUCUGGGUAGUCAGAAAGGUAAUGUGAGGGGUAAGCACACACAGGUGAACAGCACAAUACCACAACAUGUAACCACACAGCAUAAGCCCUCACAUCAGCAGAAAAGCCCCCACUACUUAUCAGCUUAAAGCAGUGGUAACAUCCCAACAGCAUGGCCUUUGGUUAUUUUAUUCUUCUCUAUGCUGGGGUUUGAACUGGCCCCCCUCAUCAGAAAUGCACUAGCUAUAACCAGACCUGUAAAACGUCAAUGUCCGCAUGAGCUCACCAUGGCCCUUCAAAGCCUCCAUCUCUACGAGGGGAACAAUUCCUGCUAAGUGUUUUUUGUGUUAUCUUCUUUUUUCUGGAAGUAUUAAGACAUAACAAUGAGCUUUGGUAUAAAUCUGAAUAAUUAUAAGGCUUUGUAAACAGAACUAGUGUUGUAGUGAAUGUUUUGAUUUAAGUGAAACCAACCAAUGUUAAUAAACUAUUUUUGAGAGAAGAAGAUUCAGCAUUA